AUGGAGGAGUUGGAGACUCUGUGGCUCACAGGGAUCUGUCACAACGAGAAGAACGAGGUGAUGAGCAGUCAGCUGGACAUCGACAACAUGGCGGGCGUGUUCUAUAUGCUGGCGGCAGCCAUGGCCCUGAGCCUGAUCACUUUCAUCUGGGAACACCUCUUCUACUGGAAGCUGCGCUUCUGCUUCACUGGCGUGUGCUCUGACCGCCCAGGGCUGCUCUUCUCCAUCAGCAGGGGUAUCUACAGCUGCAUCCACGGGGUCCACAUUGAAGAGAACAAGAAGUCUCCAGACUUCAAUCUGACAGGAUCCCAGAGUAACAUGUUAAAGCUCCUUAGGUCAGCCAAAAACAUUUCCAACAUGUCCAACGUCUCAAGAAUGGACUCACCCAAAAGAGCUGCUGACUUCAUCCAAAGAGGUUCCCUCAUCACGGACAUGGUCUCUGACAAGGGGAUGAUAUAUUCAGACAACAGAUCCUUCCAGGGGAAGGACAGCAUUUUUGGGGACAACAUGAAUGAACUCCAAACAUUUGUGGCCAACAGGCAUAAGGAUAAUCUCAAUAACUAUGUGUUCCAAGGACAGCACCCCCUUACACUCAAUGAGUCAAACCCCAACACGGUGGAAGUGGCCGUCAGCACAGAAGCCAAAGGGAACUCCAGACCCCGGCAACUUUGGAAGAAAUCCAUGGAGUCUCUACGCCAGGAUUCUCUGAGCCAGAAUCCACCCUCCCAAAGGGAUGAGGUGACAGUGGAGAAUAGGACCCACUCCCUAAAGAGCCCCAGGUACCUUCCAGAAGAGGUGGCCCACUCUGAUAUUUCAGAAACAUCAAGUCGGGCCACAUGCCACAGGGAACCAGACAACAAUAAGAGCCACAAAACCAAGGACAACUUCAAAAGGUCAGUGACUUCCAAACACCCCAAGGACUGUAGUGAGGUCGAACGGACCUACCUGAAAACCAAAGCCAGCUCCCCCAGGGACAAGAUCUACACCAUCGCUGGUGAGAAGGAGCCCAGUUUCCAUUUAGAUCCUCCGCAGUUUGUUGAGAACUUAGCCCUUCCUGAGAACGUGGGCUUCCCAGAUACCUACCAGGACCACAGUGAAGACUUCCGCAAGGGGGACUCCACACUGCCUGUGAACAGAAACCCCCUGCAUAAUGAAGAUGGGCUUCCUAACAAUGACCAGUAUAAGCUCUAUCCCAAGCACUUCACCUUGAAAGACAAGGGGUCCCCCCACAGUGAGGGCAGCGACCGUUACCGGCAGAACUCCACGCACUGCAGGAGCUGCCUUUCCAACCUGCCCACCUAUUCGGGCCAUUUCACCAUGAGGUCCCCCUUCAAGUGUGACGCCUGCCUACGGAUGGGGAACCUCUAUGACAUCGAUGAAGACCAGAUGCUUCAGGAGACAGGUAAUCCAGCCUCCCAGGAGGAGGUCUGGGCACAGAACAACGCCCUCCAGUUCCAAAAGAACAAGCUAAAGAUUAACCACCAACAUUCCUACGAUAACAUCCUCGACAAACCCAGGGAGCUAGACCUCAGCAGGCCCUCCCGUAGCACUAGUCUCAAGGACAGGGAACGGCUACUGGAGGGCAACUUGUAUGGGAGCUUGUUCAGUGUCCCCUCCAGCAAACUCUUGGGGAACAAAAGUUCCCUUUUCCCCCAAGGGUUAGAGGACAGCAAGAGGAGCAAGUCUCUCUUGCCAGACCACACCUCUGAUAACCCUUUCCUCCACACCUACGGGGAUGAUCAACGCUUAGUGAUUGGAAGAUGCCCAUCGGACCCUUACAAACACUCAUUGCCGUCGCAGGCAGUGAACGACAGCUAUCUUCGCUCAUCCUUGAGGUCAACGGCGUCGUACUGUUCCAGAGACAGUCGGGGCCACAGUGACGUGUACAUUUCAGAGCAUGUUAUGCCUUAUGCUGCAAAUAAGAGUAACCUGUACUCUACCCCCAGAGUUUUAAAUUCCUGCAGCAAUAGACGUGUGUACAAGAAAAUGCCUAGUAUCGAAUCUGAUGUUUAG